AUGGCGACCUUUGUGAGCGAGCUAGAAGCGGCCAAGAAGAACUUGAGCGAGGCUCUGGGAGACAACGUGAAACAAUACUGGGCUAACUUAAAGUUGUGGUUCAAGCAGAAGAUCAGCAAAGAAGAGUUUGACCUUGAAGCUCAUAGACUUCUCACACAGGAUAAUGUCCAUUCUCACAACGAUUUCCUCCUGGCUAUUCUCACACGUUGCCAGAUUUUGGUUUCUACACCAGAGGGUGCUGGAUCUUUACCCUGGACUGGGGGUUCUGCAGCCAAACCUGGAAAACCCAAGGGAAAGAAAAAGCUUUCUUCAGUUCGUCAGAAAUUUGAUCAUAGAUUUCAGCCUCAAAAUCCCCUUUCGGGAGCCCAGCAAUUUAUGCCAAAGGAUCCUCAAGAUGAUGAUGACUUGAAACUUUGUUCCCACACGAUGAUGCUCCCCACUCGGGGUCAGCUGGAGGGGAGAAUGAUAGUGACUGCUUAUGAGUACGGGCUGGACAACGUCACCGAGGAGGCUGUCUCAGCUGUUGUCUACGCAGUAGAAAAUCAUCUUAAAGAUAUUCUGACAUCAGUUGUGUCAAGAAGAAAAGCAUACCGCUUACGAGAUGGUCAUUUUAAAUAUGCCUUUGGUAGUAAUGUGACUCCACAGCCAUACCUCAAGAAUAGCAUAAUAGCUUACAACAGUUUAAUAGAAAGCCCUCCAGCCUUUUCUGCUCCCUGUGCUGGUCAGAAUGCAGCUUCUCACCCACCACCUGAUGAUGCCGAACAGCAGGCCGCGCUCCUGCUAGCAUGCUCCGGGGACACACUGCCUGCAUCUUUGCCUCCAGUGAACAUGUACGACCUUUUUGAAGCUUUGCAGGUACAUAGGGAAGUGAUCCCCACACAUACUGUGUAUGCCCUCAACAUUGAAAGGAUCAUCAUGAAACUCUGGCAUCCAAAUCAUGAGGAGCUGCAGCAAGACAAAGUUCACCGCCAGCGCCUGGCAGCAAAGGAGGGACUUUUGCUCUGCUGA